UAUGAAAAUUUGUGACGUUGAUCCAGCUUUGCUGGACAAGAUCAAAAAGUUUCGAUUUAGUCAGGAAAAAAAGAAUAGGGCAUUUUUAAUGAAGAUUGACACUGAGAAGAUGUUAAUUGUGAACGACGACAGUUUUGAUGAAGAUGAAUAUGAUAAUAUUAGCAUUGAAGAAUUAGCUAAUGAAAUUCCUGCGAGUCAACCUCGUUUUGUGGCUUACAGUUAUUGUUAUAAGCAUGACGAUGGACGAGUUUCCUAUCCUAUCUGCUUUAUCUUUGUAUCGCCUUUCGGUUGUAAACCCGAAUUACAAAUGAUGUAUGCUGGCAGCAAGUCGAACUUGGUUAAGGUUGCCCAAUUUACGAAAGUGUUUGAAGUUCGUUCAACAGAAGAACUUGACGAAGAAUGGUUGAAAUCUAAACUAGGAUUUUUCCGAUAA